UACAGACACACAUAUAUAUAUGCAUUAUAUAUAUGUAUUUUUUAAAAAACGUGGAGGUGAGCCCUGUGCAUCGUACCAGAAGAAUCAGCUAGAUUAUGUAAAUCUCCCAUCCCUCCGACAUGUCCAGUUUGCUCUGUGAUUCUGUGUUUAAUAAAAAAAAGCAAAAAAAAUAUAUAUAUAUUAUGUAUAUGUAUAUAUGUAUAUGUACAUAUACGCGUUUGAUAAACGAGUUCAAGUAGUUUUUGCAUGAUCCCCAUAUGAAAGUGUCCCCCAUUUACUGAUUGUUGUACAUUAUAUACGUACUUUAAAACAAUUUUUACAUUCACUUAUUCAUUUGUAAUAUUAAACGUUAUUAGAUUCUCGGAAGGAAAAUUGUAUUAUGGUUUUCAGUCUUAUAAAGAGAUAUGGUAAAUUUUCAUCGUUGGUUUUAAUUAUAUCGUUAAAAUGAUGGCAGAAUUAGGUCCAAAAAAAAAUUAUACUAUUUAGCAAAUUUGUCAUAACACGAGGUAGAGCGACAUUUAAUAAUUUUUAGUGUAUAUUAUGAUAUUUCGUGGUUUAAUAUUAUAAAAAGAAUUUCAUUACAUGAAAUUAGAUCGUACGAAAGAGUGUUAGAACAGGACUGUGUUCGAAAUUCUAUUCUUUACAUUUGCGUAUGUACCAUAUGCACCUCUAUGUUGGUUUAAAUGACACCAUAAUAUUUAGGUCAACCUGCUCGAUCGCACACGAUUAAUUUCGAUAUUGGAUUUCCGCGAAUGGCAAUUACCUUACUAUAAAGGUAAAUGUCAUGACUGACGUACAGUAUGUUAUUAGUUUCUGGUAAACCACCUGUCAGUGGUUAGAGAGAGCAUGUACCAUACAUGGUACUAUACAUGAUAAUAUGUAGGUAGUGUUAAAACGAUUAACAUUCUGUCAGGAAAGGACCCUAUUAACUUGACUGAUACUAAAUUAAACAAAGUCAAGGGAUAUCUAUAAUAUUUUGUAAAAGUAAUUUAAGUUGUAUUUGGUGUGUGUGUGUGUGUGUGUGUGUGUGUGUGUGUGUGUGUGUGUUUUCUUUAGAUAAAACAGGUAGGCUUGCACUCUGCCAAAUGUAUAGUUUUUAUGCUUUUAUAUCAGAUUAUUUGGAAAAUUUUCAAACGGAUCAGAUGAUUGAAGUAUCUAAAAUCAAAUCUAUAUUCAUUUUGAGUUGUUAACCAUAUUUUCAGAAUAGAAUGUUUAUUUAGUGUAUUUAUUUCAAAUCGUAGCAAUUGUUCGCAAAUGUUGGAAAAUCGAUUAUUUUUUUUACAAAAUAAUGACAUUGAGAUACAUUUAAUAAAUAUAUCCUAAGGUUAAUUACCAAAUUUUGUAUAAUUCUAUUUAUGUUUUAGAAAAAAUAAUUCCAUCGUAAAUAAGAUCAUUGACUAAAUACAAGGUAGAUCUGACAUCUGACAUUAUGUACAUAUAUAGAACUCUGUGUCUCAUGUUCUGAAAUACCGACCUCGACAAAAUUAAAAUUUCUCACGCCCUCUGCGAUUUGUUUCGGCGAAUAUAGAAAUUACAACCAUUGACUUAAUCUGUGAUGUGAAUCACGUCUAUUCUGUACACCACAGAUAAGUAGAUAUUCAAUUCGAAUGUGUGGCAAGUGGGUGACCUAGCGGUAGUUUUUGUCAUCCGUCCCAAAGCGGCGUAGUGGUCGCUAGACGCGCAUGUGUGUUGAGAGAUUUUGUUGUAGCGCUAUGCGAUUAAUACACAUCAAAACACCAUCAAAUGAUGACAUCUCCCACCACCAAAAAUUGGACGAGUUGCCGGAUCUGUGUAUACUAGCGCUAGUACCUCAUCUAUGACUAUACGAACGAUAAUGUGAUAAAGGUGCCCUAAAGGUAAAGAAACUUGCAACAUAAAAAUGCAACAACAUGAAUAAUUUAACAGACGCACAUUGGUUUCCCUUAACAUCACAGGGAAAUAUUUAUUCAAUGACCAAAUUGUGUUCUGUCAAUGGUUCCAAUAAGGUAUUAGUGGCUUCUUUAAAAAGAAAAAUAUAUUCUUGUGAAUACCAUUUGAUGCCAAAUCUGCAUUUAAGACCACUGGUUAAAGAACUACUUUUUACAUACAUUCCCAGUGGUGCAGAAAUCAUAUCUAUUGAUGCUUAUAAUAAGUCUGACAGCGGUGAUGGAUUUGUGAUAGGAAUAACUAUUUUGAAAGCAAGUACAGAUACAUCUGUAGAAAGAUAUCUAAAUAUAUAUACAGAAGGUGCCAUAGAUGGCGAAGGAGAUGAAGGAAGUUCCAUUGAAGCUAUAGCACAAAAUUGUCUUAUGGUGGAAUUAGCAUAUACACCGUACCAUUUAUAUCAUACUAUAUUACCCCAACAAAAUGUCCCUAAUGAGGUUGUUUGGUUACUCUCUGGCAGUGAUUAUAAAAUACAUAUGAUCAGAGAAGACAAAUUAAAUCACAGUUACAGUGAAUCACCUAUUGAAAAGUACUUUCCUGAAUUGCAUGAUAUCCAAGGAAUUGCAAUAUGGAUUAAUAUUUACUAUUAUGAUAAUUACAAUUGGAGACUGACAGUAAUCGGUUGUGAGUGUGGAUUGGUCAAUGUAGCUAUAACUAAUGUUUUAGAAUUAAAAGUUUGCCGAAGUUGGAAAUUAAGAUAUGACAGACCUGUUUCCAGUGUAUCCAUUUUUUCACUUCAAAAUAGCAUUGAGAAACCUCCUUUUCUUAGCUCUAAUAACUCUAAAUCUUUCCUAAAUGAUCAAGAAACAAAGCUAAAUGUUCUUGUUGUGAAUACAAGUAAUGCAGUUGUCUUUAUGGAUGUUCUAAAUAAUGGGAUGGAUGAAGACAUAACAUUAAAUGGUAGUGAAACAUCUGAUUGCAUUUUAUGUUCUUGUAUUGCUGACAUAAAUAUGGAUGGGCAAAAUGAGAUACUCUUAGGAACCUAUGGUCAAGAAGUUCUUAUUUUUUGUUUCAUAAAUGACUCAUGGGAAUUGAUCAUAAGAAAAUUAUUUGAUGCACCUGUACAUUCUAUAUGUUAUAUGGAUAUCACCAAUGAUGGAAUGAAAGAACUUAUUGUCCUUACACAACGUGGAGUGCAUAUAUUACAGCAUAAUAUUAUGGAUGUCAAAGAUAAGUGGAAAAAGCGAUAUAAAAAAUUUCUUGAAGAAAAUAGAAUAUAGCUUAAUCUUCAAAUUGCCAUAUAGAAAGACUUGAAUUGAGAUUUAGUCUUCAGGGAUUGAGAAGAGAGUACAAGAAAUUACAAAAUAUAAAUACACACGUUUGAUAUUAUUGAUAUUAUGUAUAUACAUAUGUGUAUACACACACAAAUGGAUGCAUAUAAUAUCAAAAAGAAUAAAUGGAAAUUUAUUUUUAUUAUUAC